AUGAGCUGUGGUAUCGGCUCCUGGAGGCCAAAGUGGUUGCAGAGAUGGGCGACGGCUAACAUAUUUAUACUGUUACUGUCUAUUGUUGGUACACUACAGUCGUCGGUGUUUGCCUACACCAUAGCUUCAGUGACCACUCUUGAAAAACGGUACGCUUUUGAUAGUUUUGUGUCCGGUUUUAUACUUAUAGCCGAUGAUAUCGCGGGUCUUAUAUUUAAGCCAAUUUAUGGUUACCUUGCUAAUUACGUGCACCGGCCGCGGCUUAUCGGCUGUUCAAUGAUACUGGUGGGCAUCGGCUGCUAUUUGGCCGCUUUGCCGUAUUUUAUAUACGGGUCGGCCAUUCAUUUGUUAAGCAAAACUGUGUCUUCAAACCAGUCGAUGGGCGCCGAGUUUUGUGACGCCAACCGUACUCUAGUGGACGAGUGCACCGAUGGUAGCAAUAGUUAUGGUUUCCCUAUAAUUCCGGUGCUUUUGCCGUUUAUGUCGAUGUUUUUAACUGGAAUCGGAGAGUCGGCCUAUAAUCACGUGGGCAUACCUUUCCUCGACGACAGCGUUGAUAAGAAAAGUUCCCCGAUGUAUAUAAGUCUGUCCGCGUGUCUCCGUUUGUUGGGUCCGGCGUUUGCUUUCUUUCUCUCGUCAUAUUUGACCCUGGUAUAAGUGAUACGAGAGAUCUACGUUGGGUGGGUGCAUGGUGGAUUGGGUUUGUGAUCCUGGGUACUCUAAUAAUUCUGGUCAGUUUACCACUACUUAUAUUUCCGGCUGAAUUCAAGUCGGGUUCAAUAUUUAGCGGCAAAAGAGCCAAACAAAACUCAUCACAACUUGUAGUCAAAAAG